UAGAUCAACAUUUCUGUUAAAGCCUUGUAAGUUUAAGGAAACAUCACUGUUUUCAGUGCUGAAUGUUCUGGUGUGAUAUUGACUUUUUCUUUUCUGUAAAAAGGAGCAGUAGAUAUGGCUGGCAUUGUGAAGAGAUUUUAUCAUGUUGCUGCCUUUGGUUGGUAAGCGUUUGUUGUGCAGUAUCUGUAUACUAAAGGGAAACAAGAUCCACCAGAUGGAAUAUUUGCCUAUGGUGGACCAUGGAAAUAUCUCACUUUCAUAAAUCUGAUUGUACAGAUGGUGUUCUUUGGAUUGGCUGCUUUGAAAGACCUGCAGACACCAGGAAAAGGCUCAAAAGUAACACUACUUUGACAAACCAAGGAUAUGCAUACCCUGGUUCUUCCGAUUUUGCUUGGUGAGGUCAUGCUUGAGCAACACAUCUACCCAAAAACCAGAAAUGGUUUAGCUGCGCUGGGUGUUGUUGGAUUCCUUUACUCAAGCUGGGUAAUAUGGGUGUACAUGAGUGUUGGCAUUUGGGUGUAUCUACUGUGUCUGUUCAGUACAACUGGCUUGAUAGUCUGCUUCGUAUCCAACAUAUGUGCGGGGAUUAUGCUGUAAUUAUUGGGACAAAUUUUGAACUUCAAAAUCUGGGGUAAAUCUAAAAACAAGACGCAAGCUCACGCUGUUGGCAUGAGGUGCUAG